CGACGCAUCCCGUUUGGAUUGUGCAAUGCCCCGGCAACAUUCCAGAGGUGCAUGGUGGCCAUCUUUGAUAAGCUAGUUGGGGAGAUAAUGGAAGUAUUCAUGGACGACUUUUUAGUGUUCGGAGAUUCAUUCUCUCAUUGUCUGGCCAACUUGGAGAAGGUCCUUGAGCGAUGUGAAGAAACCAAUCUAGCCUUGAGUUGGGUGAAGUCCCAUUUUAUGGUCCGGGAGGGCAUUGUGUUGGGUCAAAAAAUCUCCAAGUAGGGGAUUGAGGUGGAUCGAGCCAAAGUUGAGACAAUAAGCAAGCUACCUCCCCCAACCACAGUUAAGGGCAUAAGAAGUUUCCUUGGGCAUGCGGGGUUUUACCGACGUUUCAUCGAAAACUUCUCGAAGAUUGCAUUGCCCUUGACCAAGCUUUUGGAGAAGGACCCCCCCAUUCCUUUUCACGAAGGAAUGAUUUGAUGCUUUACAUCCUUAAAGAGAAGCUCCCCAAUGCCCCCAUAAUGGUCUCACCGGAUUGGGACGUUCCCUUCGAGCUCAUGUGCGAUGCUAGUGACUAUGCAGUGGGAGCAGUUUUGAGUCAAAGGAGGGGUAGACACUUUCAACCUAUGUGCUACUCCUCAAAGACACUGAAUGAUGCUCAUGAGAAUUACACAACCACGGAGAAAGAGCUGUUAGCAGUAAUAUUUGCUUUCGAUAAAUUCAGGUCUUAUCUGGUGCUCUCCAAGGUUGUUGUCUACACAGACCACUCUGCCAUCCGCUUCUUGAUGAGCAAGGCUGAUGCCAAUCCCCGACUGAUUCGAUGGAUUCUACUGCUUCAAGAGUUCGAUGUGGAGAUCAAGGACAAGAAGGGGGGCCGAAAAACUUGCAGCUGACCACCUCUCGCGGCUCGAAGGACCGGGAUGUAGCACUCAUCCGAGAGAGAUAAAUGACACUUUCCCCGAUAAACGUCUACUCGCCCUCGCCGAUGCAGAGAGUAUGGCCCCAUGGUUUGCCGACUUUGCCAAUUAUCUGGUUGGAAAGCAGCUACGCAAGGGGAUGACUACACAUGAGAGAAACAUGUUCUUCUCCGACCUCCGUGCUUACUUCUGGGAUGAGCCUCACCUUUUUCGAAUUGGGGCCGACAGAGUCAUUCGAAGGUGAGUAUUGGAGGAGGAGAUGAAAGGUAUUAUGAACCACUGUCAUACGGGGCCAGCUGGGGGUCACCACGGAGGCAACCGAACUACAAGAAAGGUGCUACAGUCGGGAUUCUACUGGCCGAGCCUAUGACACCCUCACCUUUGGGUUUCGGUUCGACCAUAAUACGCGAACGGUUGGUUUAACAAGCAUGUACAAAGAGUUGCAACCGGGGAUUAGGAAUAAUAAUAAUAAUAAUAAUAACUAUUAUUAUUAUUAGUUUAAAAAAAAGCCCUAGCAGCUUACACCGAGCAACGCCGCCAAUUGGAAAAAAGAAACCGCAAAUCCCACCGCUCGGUCUCCCUCUUUGAUAGACGACAAAUCAAUCCAUAUCUCCUCCCUCUCUCUGAAUCAAGCCAUUGUCUACUAAAAUGAGAAGGUGAAGGCUCUGAACAAGCGGCUGAUCGACACCGUGGCGGACAAGAGGAGGCAGGUGGAGGCCUUGGAGUGGGAGAAGAAAAGCCCGGAAUCCGAGUUGGAGAAGCACGGCGCGGACUUUGUCGUCGGUAGUGACGAGAGAGCUUGCUCGGAGAUCGAACGGAGCAUCGCGUUCGCGGCUCUCAAGGAAAGGGAAUUUGACGUCGAGUUGUUAAAGAGAGAAUCUUGAGCAGGAAGGUGAGAUCCCUAUUUCGUCCUCCUCUUCUCUGCCGCUAUCGCUCGGUCUCGAGGUGGAGCAAUCCGAGACCUACGACGAACUCGUCCCGCCAGUCGACCUCGUUCGCUCUUACCACGCCACCAUCGACGACAGCGUGUUUUAGAAUAUUUAAGCUGACAGAAUAUUUAUUUUGGUCAUAACUCGAUCAAUUGACAUCCGAACGAGGAAUUGUCAGCGCCUAUGGAAUCGUGUGAACGAGGAGAAUUUAAAUGGAGCAAGUAUGGAAAUUUUAGAGCAGAUUCAGAGUUGGUUUCGACGUAUUAGAGGUGAGUUUAAAGGGGGUAAAUUCUACGCCUUACGUACUCUUUUAAGUUUGACGAGCUUUAAGUAUUUUUUGAAGUGAUUGUUAUUGCUUGAUUGUGCUUUGUUUGAGCUAUGUUUGGAGUGAAUAUGUAUGAAUUAUUAUUUACUUUAAAGCUUUACAUUUAGGAGUUAUUAUUAAAGAGUAAGAAACAAGUUCUUUUUAAGAAGUAACUCACCUUCAAGAAGGUGAAGUCGUUUUAAGUGUUUUUAGUCACUAGCGCCAGUCCGUUGCCAUUUGAGAUUUUCAUAUAGAGCAGCAGUUAUGCUCUUGAGAUCUUUGAGACAGAGCAGCAGUUAUGCUCUUGAGACUUUUAAGAUGAGCAGUAGUUAUGCUCUUGAGAAUCGUGAUGAAGAGCCACCACGAUAAGUUUAAGAUGUUAGGGGGAUGAAUCGUUACGACUUCCCUAACUAAGUUUAAGUUUAAGGAAAGCCUUGAUGGCUUCUCAUACGUAUGAGUUGGCAACCGGACUAGCUAGUGAGGGAUCCCCGUGUCAGUCAAGCAUUUAAGUCAAGAUUUGAGCUUUAAGAGAGGAGAGUAACUUCAACUCCCUCAAAGUUUAAGAGUUAAGAUUUUAAGUUUGGAAGUACAAACAACUUCCACUAGUCAAAGUUAAGUGUUUAAGUAAAGUACUCAAGUAUUAGAAGUAUUAAAACGUAAGGGCGUAG